CAGGCGUCCCAUAACAUCGGGCUGGCCAUGGACACGGUCCAGGGUCUGCUGGUCCCCAACGUGAAGGGCGUGCAGCUGCUCAGCUUGUUCGACAUCGCCCUGGAGCUGAACCGGCUGCAGGCACUCGGCGUGGCGGGGCAGCUGGGAACCAGAGAGCUGAGUGGGGGGACGUUCACGCUGUCCAACAUCGGCUCCAUCGGAGGAACGUACGCCAAACCGGUCAUUCUUCCUCCUGAAGUCGCUAUUGGUGCUCUGGGAAAAAUCCAGGUGGGUUUCAAAGUCUGUUCUCCAUACUCUCCCUCUUAUACAAGCUAA